AUGUCAAUAAAUAUAGCUAUUGCUGGAGCUGCAGGCAGAAUGGGACAACGCCUUGUCUCCUUAACAAAAACAGCUGAAGAUCUUGAGCUUAUCGGUGCUUGGGAAUCUGAAGGUCACCCGGUAAUUGGUCAAAAUGGUGUCGUUGCAACUAUGCAAGAAGCUCUUCAACAAGCACACGUUUAUGUUGAUUUUACACGCCCAGAACCAACCCUUAAACAUCUUGCCUAUGCGUCAGAACAAGGUAUUGCUGCUGUCAUUGGCACAACAGGCUUUACAAAAUCUGUUACCGAAUUAUUUGCACCGUUUGCAACGAAAAUCCCUAUUGUAUGGGCACCAAAUAUGAGUAUUGGUGUUAAUGUAUUAUUAAAAUUGGUCGAAGAUGCUGUUUCUGCUUUAGGUCCCGAUUUUGAUGUUGAGGUUUUAGAAAUGCACCACCGUUGGAAAGAAGAUGCCCCCUCGGGAACUGCAAAAGCAUUACUACGCUGUAUUCAAGCAAAACGCCCAACAGCAGAUAACAUUGUAACUGGUCGAGAAGGCAUUACCGGUGCUCGUUCUCAAUCAGAUAUUGGUGCUAUGACCUUACGUGGUGGUGACGUUGUUGGUGACCAUACGGUUUAUUUAGCAGGUCUUGGAGAGCGCUUAGAACUAACGCAUCGUGCCCAAAGCCGUGAUACAUUUGCCUUAGGCGCAUUACGUGCGGCGCGUUGGGUUGCAAAACAGCAACCAGGACUCUACGAUAUGCAUCAAGUACUUGGUUCAAAAACAUAA